UAUGGCACCCCAAGGUUUGGUGAUCUCUAUGGCAUCGGCAGCCGCGUUCUCUCAAGGGGUGGAUGGGGGCUGCUGGAGCCCCCCCGCUCCCGGCUCUCAACGGGCUACUUGAGUGUGGGGUCGCGUGAAGAUGCCCCUGGGCGAAUACACUUUGGUGCGGGUUGUGGGGAAGGGCAGUUACGGGGAAGUGAGCCUGGUGCGGCACCGGCAUGACGGCAAACAGUAUGUUAUAAAAAGGCUGAACUUGAAACAUGCCUCAAGCCGUGAGAGAAAAGCAGCAGAGCAGGAGGCCCAGCUAUUGUCACAACUGAAGCAUCCAAAUAUAGUCACCUAUAGAGAGUCCUGGGAAGGGGAUGAUGGCUUGCUUUACAUUGUCAUGGGCUUCUGUGAAGGAGGGGACUUAUAUCAUAAACUGAAAGAGCAGAAAGGACAACUUCUUCCUGAGUCUCAAGUGGUAGAGUGGCUUGUUCAGAUUGCUAUGGCACUGCAGUAUUUGCACGAGAAGCACAUUCUGCACAGAGAUCUCAAAACUCAAAAUGUUUUCCUGACGCGUUCUAAUAUUAUCAAAGUGGGAGAUCUGGGAAUAGCCAGAGUGCUGGAAAAUCAGCAUGAUAUGGCUAGUACUCUAAUUGGCACUCCUUACUAUAUGAGCCCUGAGUUGUUCUCUAACAAGCCUUACAGUUACAAGUCUGAUGUUUGGGCCCUGGGUUGCUGUGCAUAUGAAAUGACUACCCUGAAGCAUGCUUUUAAUGCUAAAGACAUGAAUUCCCUGGUUUAUCGAAUCAUCGAAGGAAAGCUGCCACCAAUGCCAAAAGAUUAUAGCAUUCAGUUGAAAGAACUGAUAAGAACAAUGCUUAGUAAAAAGCCAGAGGAGAGACCCAGUGUAAGGAGCAUACUGAGGCAACCGUAUAUCAAGCAGCAAAUCUCUCUAUUUUUGGAAGCUACAAAGGCAAAAACAUCUAAAAAUCAUAAGAAAAUAUCUGAACCCAAUCCUCGGGGAUCUUCAGAGAAAGCUGAAUUAAAGAAAGAAAAUACAGUACCUCAGAAGCUUCCAGAUGAACUUUCAAAGAAGUCCAAUGGGAAUGAAGAUAAAUGUUUAAUCAAUAAUAAAACAUUUGAAGUUUCUUCUUCAAAGAAAGUAGCACCUGAACCUGAAAAAAACAGCAAAAAUGGUUUGAAUAGCUUGGAUGCCUCUUUGGCAACAAUGAGCAAAGUAGAUAUACUUAUUGUUCCACUGGAAAAGAGAAACUCUGCAACCAAACAGUCAGCAGAACAUAAAGAAUCCAGAAAUGUACAUAUUUCCAAUGAAGCAGAGCCUGAAAGAGCAAAAAAUAGCCCAGAAUUAAAGGAAGAAAGUUUACUGAAAAUGACAACGCCUUGCCCCAAAACUGGAAACGUAGAUGCCAAGGAGACCGAUAAUGGUGAUGACACUACGAAGGUUCUGCAACCCAGUUCAAAGAUUCCACGUGUAAGCAAUAAAAAUGAAGCUUCCUGUGGAAACUCAGAAGAAGCUAAAGAUCUCAUUCUGCCUAUAAGCACUCCUUGUUUUCGGCCUCAAGGAUCAGUUCAAGAGCCUUCCUUGUCACGACAGCGACGACAUAAGAAGCAGUCUGAGAUCUGCUUAGACAAGAUUGCAGCACUUGGUCAUCGGCAACUGCCCGCUUAUCCUGAUGUGAAUGUAAAGACAAAAGAAGUUAACACAGACCAUCAGCGUGCUGCAAAUGUUCUGAAAAAGUCAAAAAGCUUUGAAGUGGAACAUUCCAAGGAUCGGCCAUUAUCAGCUCGAGAAAGGAGAAGAUUAAAGCAAUCCCAAGAAGAUAUGCUUUCUUCUGAGCCUUCUGUAAGACGAAUGUCUUAUAAUGCAUCAACAGAAACAAAACAUCCAAGGGAAGACCGUUGUAUUCAGAUUGCUCAAUUUACCUCAGAACCCAGCACCGAUAAGAAGAAAAGCUUAACUGGUUGCUGUACUGAGGAUGACCUGAGCUCUUCUACAAGUUCUACGGAAAAAUCAGAUGGAGAUUAUAAAGAAAGAAAAAGUAAUGAAAUGAAUGACUUGCUACAGUUGAUGACACAAACACUAAAAAUGGAUAAUAUUGAAAAUUACUCACAAUUUGCAAUGUCAACACCUGACUCACAAUUCAGACUAAAUAGGAAAUAUAGAGAUACACUGAUCUUACAUGGGAAAGCAGCUGAAGAACCUGAUGAAUUUCAGUUUCAAGAGUUUCCUUCAGAUGACAAAUCUGGUCCCCAGAAUAUUAGGAGAUUGGUUGAGAUUUUAAGAGCAGAUGUAGUUCAAGGAAUUGGGGUAAAGCUGCUAGAAAAAGUUUACGAUGCCAUGGAGGAAGAGGAUGAACAGAAAAGAGAACUAUGUUUGCGGAAACUCAUGGGAGAAAAGUACACAUCUUAUAGUAUGAAGGCUCGUCAUUUAAAGUUCUUAGAAGAUAAUGUGAAACUUUGACAAAUACCUCAGUUGAACUGUUCCUGAAAGAAAGACACUCAGUUUGUAACUGGAUUUUUAAAAUUUUCUUAGAUUCAGUCACUUAGAAGAUAAACCUUUUCCCGUAUUGUUUCUUGUUAUCUAUUGUAGAUUGUGUAUUUAGUUUAUAAACAGCAAUACAUGCUUAAAGGUAAGUUUGGGUAAGUGGGAUUUUAUAAAUACUAGCAACAAGCAGCACUUUCUAAUGAUUCUGUCUUUU